AUGCUUUUGACAGCAUUACCCCAGCUGAAUUUAAAGGUUGAUGACCCUGUUGAUAUGCUCCCAAAGUCAAGGAAAGCCCUCAGCAUUCAGGAGAUUGCAGCUUUGGCAAGAUCAUCCUUUAAUGGCAUCUCACAGGUGGUGAAGGAUCAUGUGACGAAGCCCACAGCCAUGGCUCAGGGGAGGGUGGCUCACCUGAUUGAGUGGAAGGGUUGGUCCAAACCUUUGGACCCUCCAUCUGCCACCUUGCAGUCCCAUUUUAACUCUUACUCCCAUCUGAGUGAGGGCGAACAGGAGGCCCGUUUUGCAGCAGGUGUGGCAGAGCAGUUUGCCAUAGCUGAAGCUAAGCUCCGUGCAUGGACGUCUGUGGAUGAGGAAGACUUGGAGGAAAAGUCACAGGAGGAGGAUCUACCACCUGAAAAUGAAUUGACUAUCUCAACCCAGACUUCAGACGCCGCAUUAUCCAAUCAGGCAUGCCAAAUGCCGUGCCAGGCUGAGAUUGACAGCGCAGACGUCCAGGGCACUGUUGGACCACUCAGCCACACGGGCUCUGACCAGAACUGCCUGCAGGAGCCUUGUCCAUCACUGAGUAGCCAAGACGACCAAGCAGCGUUUGAGGGGCCUGUGCAGGAGACUGAAGAAGCGCCAGAGUCUGACAGGAGCAUCUGUGUGGCUCACAAGUCCAGCCGGAGACAUCUGUGGAGUGGCAGGGACUCCUGCUACUACUCCACAUCCUACUCUGAGUCCGGCCUUUCGCCUGAGGAGGAGGAGGGUGGGGAGGCAGAGGAAGGAGAAGAUAAUGUCUUUCAGGAGGUCAUCCGCUGGUACAGUCGCUGUAGAAGCAUCUCAGACACUUCUGGAGUAGUGUCCUUUGAGGAGGAUGAGCUUGAAGAAAGAGAGAGGUCAAAACAAUGA